UAUUGUGUGAUUGCGCAUACUGUGAUUGCAUUUUAUUCACGCGUGGCGCUUACAAGUAGGCAACAAUAGUGAACGGAAGGUUCCAGUGCAAAAAAUCCGAAUAGUGAUUUAAACGGUACGAGCGUUCGCGCAUUUUAUAAAUGAAAUGUUGGAAAAUUUAACAGCAUUCAACUUUUCUGAACUAUAUAAUGCCAUCAACUGGCAGCGUCUCGAUGAAAUUUGGAGUGAAUUCGGCAAAGGGUGUACAUUGUAUGCGGCCAAUGGUUCGAUCAUGGAUUGUAUUACCCCCGAUAUGGCACACCUCGUCAACCCCUACUGGAGUAAAUUCCCACCAAUGGAUUCGACAAUGAGUCAAUUUUUGGGUAUUUUCACAUUGGCCCUACUACUCCUCUCCACGUGUGGCAAUGGCGUUGUAGUCUAUAUAUUUGGUGGCACCAAAUCGCUGCGCACACCCGCUAAUCUGCUCGUGCUGAACUUGGCAUUUUCCGACUUUUGCAUGAUGAUCUCGCAAGCGCCGGUCAUGAUCAUCAAUUUCUAUUACGAGACCUGGAUACUGGGACCGCUGUGGUGCGACAUUUAUUCCAUCUGUGGCUCGAUGUUCGGCUGUGUGUCCAUUUGGUCAAUGUGCAUGAUUGCACUGGAUCGCUAUAAUGUUAUUGUGAAGGGCGUUUCAGGGCGACCAAUGACGAUUAAAUUGGCACAGAAGAAAAUCAUUGCCAUUUGGUUGUUUGCAACAUUUUGGACCAUGGCACCGUUAAUGGGCUGGAGCAGAUAUGUGCCCGAAGGUAAUUUAACCGCUUGUUCCAUCGAUUAUAUGACGCACGAUUGGAAUGCACGCUCCUACCUGCUCACCUACUCACUGCUCGUCUACUUUACACCGCUUUGUCUUAUUUGUUUUUCCUACUGGUUUAUUAUUGAGGCUGUGGCCGCGCAUGAGAAGGCAAUGCGCGACCAGGCUAAAAAGAUGAACGUCAAGUCGUUGCGCUCCUCUGAGGAUUGUGAGAAGAGUGCCGAGGCGAAAUUGGCCAAGGUGGCAUUGACCACAAUCUCCUUGUGGUUUAUGGGAUGGACACCUUAUUUAAUAAUUUGCUAUUGCGGACUCUUCGAAGUGGAAAUUUUGACGCCGUUAAAUACUAUCUGGGGUGGCACAUUCGCCAAGAUCAGCGCGGCUUUUAAUCCGAUUGUGUACGCUAUCAGUCACCCCAAGUAUCGUUUGGUGCUGAAGAAGAAGUGUCCGUGUUGUGUAUUCGGUUCGACUGAGGAGCCCAAGCCGGACGCGCCAGCAGCGGAAAGUCAGGGCACAACCGACGCUGAGUCGAAUGCUUAGCGGAGAUAGAGAAUUUUCGCAUUAUAAUAAUAUUUACCAAUUAAAUAGUUCCUGGAAAUUUUGGUUAUUUACUAUAUAUAAAAAAUUAUAAAACAAGAUAAGCAGAAUACUUCCUGAAAUAUAAAUAAUAUUAUUCAUGUCAACAAGCUACUAAAUUAGCAUAAAGAAAAUGUCUUCGUAUUUUAUCUAAUAUAACAAAAGUGUUCCAUGUUUUUACCU